AGGAAGCGUUUUCAAAUCUUCAAAAAUGUUUGUUUUUGUCAUUUAGUCUGCUGAUUUUUUUUUUUUUUUUUUAAAAACUUUAUACGAUUUUCUUAUGUCACAAUGUAUGGAAUAAAUGAAUGUCUAGAAGAAAGUGAUGUAAAAUGUAUAUUUUUUUGUGAAUUUCAUCCUGUAACUGGGCCUAAAAUAACUUUUCAAGUACCAACUGACUAUUUUGCAAAUAAGCUAUUUGAUUCGUUUGUGUGCUAUUUAAUUCCCAAAGAAGAGUUGCAGCGAAAGAUUAUGGUAGUUAAUUCCAAAAAGGACAAGAUCAUAGGAUACCCCAUUCAUAUUGAAAAUCAGAAAUAUCCCCGGAAUAGAUUAAUAUUCAAUCUAUGUUUUGUGUGUGAUGCAUCAAAGAAAACAACUCAGUAUGAACCCAUUGUCAGAAAAUUAGCAAACUACCUGGUAAAAUUAGAGUUGGAAGAUGGAUUUUUAGUUAAUGAAGAAACCAAAGCUAGACUUCCUGGUAUAAUGGACAACAUUAGGCACGAGCUCAACAAAACUGGUCAAUGUUCUAUACCAAUAAAUGCUUCCAAUACUAUUUUUUUGAAUGUAAUCAGAGUUUAUCCAAAACCACCUGAAGUAAAAGACCAGGAUGUUCCUAUAUUUACUGAGAGAAAAUUUCCUGUUUUACCUACAGAUUGGGAUAUUACUAUGCAACAAUGGGAUUUGACUGUAAUGUUGAUUUUACCAUACAUUGAUGGUUUUCGUCAUGUUUCAAAAAUCGCAAUUGAAGCUGGCGUGGAGAUACAUUUAGUGAAAGCUUUUAUUCAGAAUAUGGUGUAUUAUGGUGUAGUUACUCUGAUUCCAAUUUUUAUGUAUUCAAAUGUUUAUACGCCUACAACUAGAUUGCAUGAUCUUGCUGAAAAUUAUGAUUUACAAGAAGAAUGUAUAAAUUAUGUUGCUCGUCAAGGAUGUCACAGACCUUUUUUUCGAUCCAUUUUUGCUCUUUAUUGUCAAUUAACACCCCAAACAAAUGUGAAGACUCUAUGUAUGCGAAAUAAUCCCAGAGCUAAUGGAAUAGAUGAAAGAAAACUAAUACAAUUUGGACUGAUGAGAGGUUUGAUUAGGCAACUCCAAAAGUAUCCAAUUCAAAUUUCUUCAGAUAAUGUCUCAAGGCAAAGAUCAUUAGUUAAAUAUUUCAAUGGAAAAUAUAGCUUUGAAGAAAUUUGUUGUAAAACAGGAAUCAGCUAUCAAGAUUUGGAUGAGAGAGUGGAAAAGGAUCCUCAUAUAGUUGUUUGUUGGAAAUAGAACUGUAAAGCAUACUGUAUAUAUUUUGAAUAAAGUUUAUAUAUUUAAUAA